GCCCGUUCCCAAGAUGGCGGCGGUGCUCGGGGGCUGACGCCGCCGGUCACUUCCGGCCGGGGAGCGGCCAUGGGGCGGCGAGGCCGGGCCGGUCGGGGGAUCGUCGGGGGUCCCUCCCGCCGGCGCGAGAUCCUGGAACCGAAAAGUGACGUCCUGACACCUGGGAGCAUCACAGACCUGGAAUGACGGGGGACAAACUGCUUUGGUUGGCCAUCCCUGACCUUGCAUGUCCAUUAAAAGGUGCCAGCACUUGCAGUCUGCUCGGUCAAGGCUGGAAGGCUGUGCCUGGAUCUGCUCUGUACCUUUGAGGGAGAUCUGGAGCUCUCCUGCCUGACCCCAAGGAACCAUGGAGGACAAACGCAACAUCCCCAUCAUCGAGUGGGAGCACCUGGACAAGAGGAAAUUCUACGUGUUCGGCAUUUGCAUGACAAUGAUGAUCCGGGUGAGCGUUUACCCCUUCACGCUCAUCCGGACGCGCCUGCAGGUUCAGAAGGGCAAGAGCCUGUACAACGGUACUUUUGAUGCCUUUGUGAAAAUCCUGCGGACAGAAGGGACGGCUGGGCUCUACCGUGGCUUUUUGGUGAACACCUUCACGCUGAUCUCGGGACAGUGCUACGUGACGACGUACGAGCUCACCCGCAAGUACGUGUCGCGCUACAACAACAACAACGCCGUCAAAUCGCUGGUGGCCGGCGGCUCGGCCUCCCUGGUGGCCCAGAGCAUCACAGUGCCCAUUGAUGUCAUCUCCCAGCACCUCAUGAUGCAGAGGAAGGGGGAGAGCAUGGGCAGGUUCAAGGUGCAGAGCCAGGACGGCAAACGUCUGCUGGUCUUUGGGCAAACCAAGGACAUCAUUGUACAGAUUUUCAAGGCUGACGGUUUUAGAGGCUUCUACAGGGGUUAUGUGGCCUCGCUGCUCACUUAUAUUCCCAACAGUGCGGUCUGGUGGCCCUUCUACCACUUCUAUGCUGAACAGCUUUCGAGUUUGACUCCUAAAGACUGUCCCCACCUCCUUCUGCAGGCGAUAUCAGGGCCUCUUGCAGCUGCAACAGCUUCCACACUCACCAACCCCAUGGACGUGGUGAGGGCUCGGGUCCAGGUGGAAGGCAAGAGCUCCAUCAUUCUCACCUUCAAACAGCUCAUUGCAGAGGAAGGUCCCUGGGGGCUGACUAAAGGCCUCUCUGCCCGCAUCAUUUCGGCCACUCCUUCCACCAUCGUCAUCGUGGUGGGGUAUGAAACGCUCAAGAAGCUGAGCCUGCGCCCAGAGCUCGUGGACUCAAGGCACUGGUAGAGGCAGCUGGUGGAGGAGAAUCUUCCCAUGAACCCUCUGAGUCUGGACUGUUGCAGGGGAGAGCCUGGGAUGCAAUGCAGCUGCUGUGCCUUUUUCUCUGGCUGGUUUCACAGCACAAGGCAGAUACAAAAGCAACUGCACUUCACCUCUUUAGAUUUGAGUUUCAUAAAUGGUCUGCUGCUGGUUUUGCUUCAACUGUGACCUUUGGCAGUGCUGUUUGCCUGGGACAGUCCAUUCCAGGUGUGUGAAUACAUCCUGGCAAGUAAUUAAUUCCUUUUUUUUUUUUAAAUUAAAGACUUACUGGCUUAAGCAAAAAGCCAGUUUAAUCUCUUAAAUUAUUUUCAUCUUUGCCAAACUUCUGAGGAGAGCAGUCUCACAGCCUGCAGCAGGACUCUGGUGGGAUGUCUCUAGUGGCACUUGUGCUGUGGGAAAGCUGGAAGCAGAAAAUAGACAAGUGACUUUCUCCAAUUACCUGCAUUUAUUUCUAGAAGAUGUGAGACAAGAGUAACCUGGAACCACUUCAGACCCGAUUUCCUGCGUUUUGAAUAGAUCUACAUACUUGUUUUGUAAUAUUCUUGGAAAACGUUCCCUAUCUCUCAUCCUCCAAACAGCAAGCUGGCUGAUAGCAAACCAGGAGCUGAGCUGGCUGUUUGGAAUUAGCUGAUGUCGGUUUUGACACCUAACCUGUGUUUUUAAUCUGUUGUAAUUUAAUUUUUUUUAUUUUAGGGAAGCUUAUUCUGAUUUCUGGGGAACUGAUUGGUUGUCCUGUGGCCUUGUUCAGUGUGUCAAUCCUGCAUGUUCAGAGUGGCUGUGGCCACUUCCCACCUUAGUUAGUUUAAGCCCAGAAAUGCAGUUGGGAAGUGUCUGGUUGUGGUGCUGCCAACAGCUGGGUGAGACUGAAUGGGGUUUGAGCUACAAUGAGAUGGGAGGUGGGGAAGGGAAAACCUUGUGCUGGCUUUUGAUCCAGUUCAAACCUGACAGGCAUGUUCAUAUUGAAUAAGAAGUGGUGGUUCACUUCAUGAGAUUAAAUUCUGCUCAUCCAGUUUCAGGAGGGCAAGGAUAAUGUUUUGCACAAUUGCUGGAUCAGAAGCCUGAGCUAUGGUCUGUGUAUUUUACCAGGUGAAAAUUUCAGGGGAAUGAAACCAGAGGCUGCUUUUUGGGGAGGAGAGGGAAGGGAUUGUUUGACUGUACUCUGCUGCUCUUGGUGGUUGAGAUUUGCUUUUCAUGCUGCCAGCCCACAUGUGGUGCUCGUCCUGGUUAGCCAUGCCUGGGGGGGUUUGGGUGUUGAUGCUGCAGACCUGUGGCUGUUGCUGGGCUCCACUUGGUUGUCUCUUCCUGAGGGGAAUCACCAAGUGUGGCUCUGCCCAUCAUCCCAGUGUCAUCACUGGACAUGCCACCAUGUCUGCUGGAGAUGGGGAGUGCUGAAGCUGCUGCUGAGGUGAGGGAGAGGCUUCUCUGCUAAGGGCAGAGCUUGAUUCUAAGGUGCAGUGCUGUGGUGGGACUGUGGGUGAGCCAUCAAAGCCCUCUUCAUCCCAUUUUUGUUUCUUGAAGUACUCAGGCAGUGAAUGCUGGAACCACUGUUGGAGCAGCAGCUUCUGCACCUGCUCUGGUCACCUGUUUGUUGUUUAAAAGUUGACACCAGUUUGCUCUUGCUCUAAUAACAGAUUCUGCUCUGAAAAGCAGAACAACAGCACCCCAAAUCACAAGGCAGCAGUGAUGCUGAUAUUAACAGGAACAGUAAAAACCGACCUCUGCCAAGUGCAGCAGGGCCAGUCCCAGUGUGUGGCACGGAGGGGCGGCAGCACCAAUGUGGGGAGACACUGUCAAACUUAAUGUUCCUCUCGUAACCAGCUACGUUCUUGACAACUAAUAAACUUGAGAGACCUUC